GAACCCCUAAAAAAACACAUAAAAAACCUAAAAUCCAUACAAAAGCAGAAACUUAAAGCCAAUCAUGCCGUGGAACAAUAUCAGAAACAGAAAGGUGGCUCUAGGACUAGGAGCUGCCUUUAUGGCGGUGACGGUGAGAUCGUCUAUGUUCACAGUUGAAGGUGGCCAGAGAGCUGUUCUUUUCGACAGAUUUAACGGGGUUCUCGAAGAACCUAUCGGAGAAGGGACAUAUCGUAAGAUUCCGUGGGUGCAAAAGCCCUAUAUCUUCAACAUUCGGUCCAUAGCCUGGAGACUCGGGUCCAACUGUGGAACUAAAGAUCUUCAGAUGGUCAACCUCUCACUUCGUGUUAUGUGUCGCCCUGUCGUAACGAUCGGGCCCGAUGUGUUGAAAGCAGUGGUGGCUCAGUUCAACGCAGACGAGCUCUUAACAAAACUUCCACAAGUCUCGGCUCUUAUACGCGAAACGCUAAUCAAGCGAACUGGGGUAUUUAACAUUAUUAUCGAUGACGUGUCGAUCACGGAUCUCUCGUACAGUAAAGAGUUCUUGAGUGCGGUGGAGUGGAAGCAGGUGGCGCAGCAAGAAGCUGAGCUGUCCAAGUUCCUAGUGGCGAAGGCUGAUCAGGAGAGACGAGCGGCUGUGAUUAGAGCCGAGGGAGAGAGCGAGUCGGCUCGGGUUUUAUCGAAAGCUAUCGCAGAUGCGGGAAUGGGGUUGAUCGAGCUUAGAAGGAUCGAGGCGGCUAGAGAGAUUGCGGUUACGCUCUCUACGUCCCCCAAUGUUGUCUAUUUGCCAAGUGGUGGGAAUAUGUUGUUUGCCAUGAACGGUCCGAGUUCGAAUCCGAGCCCUUGACUACUUAAAUUAAUAGCAAAAUCAGGGUGUUUAAUUGUGUAGGUUUGGACUUUGGAUUUUGUGUUUUCCGGAUUAAUUAUUGAUUUUGUGUUUUAUUUCUAAAAUAAUUUAAUCAAAAUUAAAUUUAAUAUACUAAAAAAUACCAGUUUUACUCAGUUUGU